GAUCGGUACGAAUUUCUCCGCGAGAUCGGCGCGGGGAGCUUCGGCAGGGUGUUCCUCGCGCGGCGACGAAACGACGGGAAGCUGUUCGCCGUGAAGGUGGUGGACAUCAGCGCCAUGGACGGCAAGUCCAGGGCGGAGACGAAGAACGAGGUGGACGUCCUGAAGAUGUUGAGUCACCCGAACGUCGUGAGGUACCACGAGGCGGCGCUCGCGCGCGGCGGCGGCGGAUCUGGCGGCUCCGGGGGAAGGGGAGGUUAUGGGAAACCUCGCGAGCUGCGGAUCGUCAUGGAGUACGUCUCCAGGGGCGACCUCGGGGAGCGCGUCAAGGAGAUCGCGAAGAUGCGGGGUAACAAUGGAAGAAACGACGAGGUGAUGUCGUACUUCACGCAAAUCGCGCUCGCGCUGCGGCACCUGCAUCGCAAGGGGAUUCUCCACAGAGACCUGAAGCUCGCGAACGUGUUCGUGAACGAGGGCGAGGACGGCCAGGACGUGGUCAAGCUCGGAGAUUUCGGCAUCUCCAAGGUGCUCGCGUCGCAGACGGGGUUCUGCAACACCGUGGUCGGCACGCCGUACUACCUGUCGCCGGAGAUGUGCAUGGGCCGACGAUACGACGCGAAGUCAGACGUGUGGGCGCUCGGGUGCGUCCUGUACGAGCUCUGCAACGACGGCGCGCACGCGUUCGAGGGCAAGUCGCUGCCCGCGCUCGUGAUGAACAUCCUCAAAGGGCGCUUCACCCCGCUGAGCCGCGCGAGGUUCGGUCGAGACGUCCGAGAGCUUCAGACGUCGUUGCUCGCGCUCGAGCCGGGGCGACGGCCGAGCGUGGACGACGCGUUGCGGUCGCCCGCGGCGCGCGCGUGUCUGACAAGA